UAUCCUGUGCAGGUUUGCAGGUCCUACCUGAGCAUACUAUGUGUGUAUUAUUUACGUCUGGUUGCAACGGGGACAAGAAAUAGAACGGUGAGAUAUGUAUGUGAUAAACUUGUAAACAUAGGUGUCAUAUUGAUAUGUUGGCCCUGUGUAAGUUGUAAUAGUUCAGCCUGGCGAACCUCUGUUAGCAAGCAGGAUGUUUAUUACGUAUCUACAAUGAACAAGUAAACAGCUAAAGGAUACAGCCUGCGUGUAUUUACAGCCUGCGUGUAUUUACCAUCACGCUCGAAAAACUGGAUUCGACGCAAAAUGGCGCAAACGUGCUCCAAAGAGCUUUCACAAAACUUGCAGUUUGCACUGGAAGAAGUGGUUGAUAUAACUAGAGAAAUAGGAGACUUGAGUAUGUGUAUCGUGACUAAAUUACAAAGACCGUUGGAAGAAACACGUCGUGACCACAUCCGAUGUCUUGUGAAAGAAACUUGGACUCUUUUCACAACCAUAAAUACAAAAGUAAGGACGGUACAGGAGAUACUGGAGACCAAAUUGCCACACGAUUUUAAUAUAUUUGACACACCGGAACUGGAACAACAGGUGAACACAUUUUCAGUCACAGAUAAACAUCAUUCUACCCGACAAGAGUCAAUGAGAGCGGUAGCGCCUUUUUCUGUGAAGUUGCCAUCAACACUGCCUAUAAAUGUGUCUACACCAUCCCAAACCAGGGACUUAAGUUCAUCUAAAAUAAUAAUUCCAAAGACACCUAUUCAGAGCACAUCGUUACCGCCCCGUGCGCCGAUGAACGACGUCAAAGUUUUGGUAAGAAAUGUCAGUAAAGCUGAUGGAGUAGAAAACACAUCUCUGGAUGACGUCAUGGUGAGGAAAGACAUCAAAUCGUAUGACGCAGAGUACACAUCUACCCAUGGUAAUGAUUUUGGUUUGGCCACAUCCAGGUCCUAUCCGACACCUGGAAUGGGGACAACAGUCUUGAAUCCAGACCUCCAGCUAAUGAUGCAAACACAAACAGCUGCCAAUGUUCAGGAUUAUGAACACUUAGUGGGUUGGAUGUGUGAACAGCGUUAUACUGGCGAUGGAGAUGUUGAUGGUCUUAUUAAAUGGCUUUUCGAGGUGUUGUGUGAAGAAGUCUUGGCAUGCGUAAAACGAGGAUUUCAACAUCUUGAUAUCUUUUCUGGCGAACCAAAUUUUGAAAUGGCCGAUAUCAGACCCUUUCUUUUGGAAAUUAAUGAAGAAGUAAAAAAAGUUAAGCAUUCACAGUGUCUGCCAGUCCGGGGAAGCGGCCCUGAUACCAUUUUGUGCCUAGACACGUCAGAAAGCAUGAGCGGAGAAAAUUUCCGCAAAAUGACCAUUGUUGCAAAUCAAAUAAUUGAUGGUAUUGAAGAGCUUGAAAAUGAUCGGGAGUUGCAGGGAAAUGUAGCAGUGACCACAUUUGGGACCCAGUCUUGUGUAGCCCUCCAUCUCACCAAUGACUACUCACAAGUCAGAAGUGUAAUUGAUUUUCUUGUUGCUGAAGGCCCAAGUACACUCUAUCGUGGCCUAUCGAUGUCUAUUGCAGCUUGCAUUGGGAACUACGCAGACGUUUCGGUUAACGAUGUCCGCUUGAUGGCUCGCGUCAUAGUGUUGACCGAUGGAAAGUUUUCCAAUAAGGAUGCAGAGGACGAACAUUUUCAGUUUGAUCCAAAGAAUGAUAUCAUGGUCCCAUCAGCAGCAAACCUGAUGAAAUUCCAUGGGAUUGUUUGUUACUGUGUUCACGUAGGGGCCUCAGCAGAAUCGGAACUGCUGCAAAUAUUAACAAAGACUACAAACGGCAAAAUAUUACCUGAUGACAAUGUUGAUGAACUCGUCAAGAUGCCAACGCAUUUGGUUGUAGCAACCAAUCUAAUUCGUCAGUUUCCAGAUCUUGUUGAUGGAGAAAACGACACAAGUGAGAACGAAGAAGCUACACUCCAAGCCCUCAUGGAUUUAGAAAGUUCUACAGGAGAGGCGUUCAACAGAGAUUUUUCCGAGUCAGAAAAAGAAAGUAUUAUCGCACUCGCCAUGAAUAUCUCCAAACUGCCAUUAACAAAGGUCUCGGAACAAAAUGAAUACCUUGUUCAGGAACUCGAGUUAGAGCUGCCCCCUGUCGGAACGCGAGUCAGACGUGGUCCAGAUUGGGAUCCGGCAGACGCCAAUGACUCAAAUGGACCUGGCACAGUAGUUUGUCACAACAAUAACGGUACUGUAGCUGUGCUGUGGGACUGUGGUAUCAUACCCUUACCAUACCACUGUUACGAUCCUUGCCAAGUACUGUCCACAGACAAUGACGAACGGGCGGUUAGGGACGAUGGAUGGAUACAAGUCGGCUGCAAGGUUGAAAGAGGGCCGGAUUGGAUUGAUGGUGAUGAUGACGGAGGUCGGGGAUCAUGUGGCGUUGUGUGUUUGUGUUCAAGGAAAGGAACACUUACGGUUCGUUGGCCAAGUAGGAAAAUUGGGAAAUACAGAUACGGGGAUGAAGUGAUAUUGCUGGACACUUCAGAAGAACAAGCUCAGGCAGCAGGGUAUUACAGCAGCAUAAGCACCAUUGAGUUUGAACCAGGGAACACAUUAUCAUCAGACACCCAACAUUAUUCGAAACCAUAUAAGAAUGUUGAUUUCUCGACUUACUUUACCAGAAUAUCUGACUCAAAUACCACAUUUCUGAUGCCUUACAAAUUCAACGAUCAUGAAAAAACAGGCGUUGCAUCCGAAGUUCAAUCGACACAGGAACAAGAGCGUAGCCUCAUAGAAUUUCAAGAGAUGCCAGAACCCGACAGUAGCACCCCAUCUUGGAAUUAUCAACAGGAAGGUCAAAUCGAAUGGAUUUCGUUUGAUGCAGGCAACACAAGAAAACUAGAAUCUGACUGGUCCAAACACCGUAAAACUUCAAUGGUUUCUGUUAAUAACAAAAGAAAUGGUGUUUCGGUGGUUUUUAAAACGACCCAAAUCGACACAUGUAAAAAUGUAACACGGAUGGACACGGUCCCAUAUACAGGUACAGAGUCGCUUUCGAGAAAAUGGCAAUGUCUUCCAUAGACGGUAAUGAUGAAGAAAAACAGCUCAGGUUACACGUGAAGCGGGAACGAAAGAAUACACAAGGUGUAAAAGAUACAGAAGACUGACUUUUUUUUAUUCAGUGACAAAGGUUUCAACUUAAAUUACUACAAUUCUACAAACAAAAAACAAAAUCAUGAUAAUAUUGAACAGAAAAUAAUAACUUCAUGAACCAAGAGGUCAUCAAACCAACCGGGGGUUCUAUAGAACCCCUUAACUCAUUCAUCUCUAUAUAUUAAAAUUGGAUUUGUCCAGUCUUUGAUUUGAUUGGUUUAAAUGUGACUUUAGGGGUGAAUAGGUUAAAUUGUAGACGAAACACAUUCACCCAGGGAAGUGUAAUGCAUCACCUAUUGUCUUCUGUGAAAGUACAGGAACAGGAAAGUCAAAAAGAGUGCUAGACAAAGGGAAAUGAUUGCAAUAAUUGCAGACAUUUAGAUAUCAUGUUUGAUAUUCGGAUCACGAUUACAAUUACAAUAUUGAAUCCGUACCCAUGUAGCAUACCCUGGAUCACUGUAUUAGAGACGGUCGCUCUAUCUAAUGGAGCUAUCUGGAAGUCUCUUGUCGUAUUCCGCUCCAGUUACAACUUAAACGAAGUGGAGGGGUGAUGAGAUGAAGUGUGGUGAUAUUCUCUCUUGUUCUGUCUGCAUCGGAACAGGUGUCCUUAAAUAUUCUUUUAACAGACAUAAUUUGUGAAUUCUUAACAUAAAUUCAUAAUAAUGAAAUACUAUAUUGUGUACAUGUAACAUAUUUUAUAGUUAACACUACAUUUCUUCAUCUCUGUCCCACCUUCCCCUGUAGACGUUUCCUUCACGUCACUGUCACUGUAGCUACAGUUGUUAAUGAUGGUUAUGAUAAAAGAAUUCUUGUUCAUUAAUGAUCAUUCAUGUUGGUGUUAUUUUUUAUAUAUGUUAUGUGAAUAAAACAAAAUUUAAAUUAAAAAGCAUACCUACAAAUAUAAAAAUAUCUCAAUGCAUACAACAAAAAUAAUCGAUUUAUGAGUAUUUUGAUCUUUUUUCCAAAUUUUUAAAUCAAACAGAGAUUUAUGCUGAUGACCUAACUAUAGUAAAUGAAAAGUCACAGACAGUGACAGCGAAUACACAAUGUAUUGAAGACAUGAUGAUAUUAAGAGAAAGUAAACUCAAUGUAUGUCAAUUGUCUCUUAAGCAACAGAACUGGGUUAAGUAGAUAAAGACAUCGACUAUUAAAUUGGGAAAUAUGUCGUUAAUGUACAUGUACGCUUUGGGAAAUUACUUGGUACUUCAACGUCAUUAACAACUGCUAUACGGACUUCAUAUGCAAAUGAGACAUUUGCGGACAGUUUACAACUUUACUAGCAAAGAAGCUGUUUUUACGGGGUUUAGGUAAUAAGCAUGAAAUAUAAUCCAUACCUGAUGUGAGGUAUUAAUAAGGUAAUUAAAGCCCUCGUGAUAAAAAAAUUAGGCAGAAGACUUUCGGCAAGGCCUCGGGUCUCCUGCUCAAUAUUGUAUCCCUUUGGUUUGAAUAACCGUACCAAUACCUCACAUCAGGGAUGGAUUCUAUUAUUAGUAAUACAAAGAUGGAAAACUUACAUUUUUAUAAUCCAUCCCCUCUCAUUUAAUGUUUUAUACCUAUAACAUUGUUCUAUGUUUAAUCAGGAUUCAUUAGACAGAUAGUCGAAGCUAUAAAACAAACUGUAAGACUUGUUUAAUAUUCUUGUUGAUAUUUAAAUGAAUUAAAGGUCCAGUACAACAUUAUGAUAUUGUAGUUUAUAACAUUUUUAUAUAUUUAUAGGUUGACUAUUUGACCAAGAUACCCAUGUGAUUUUUUUCUAAAAUAUUUGAACCUCAUCCCCUCCGUGGACUGGUUUUUUUUGUCAACCUCAUGGAUUUAAAUGAAGCAUAAUAUAAGAAACAAACAUUAAUUAAGUAUUGUUUUAUGUUUAUACAGACGCUUAGGUGACAUUACCCAAACUCUCAACGAACUAUUUCAUACGUUUUUUUCCAAACCCAGAAAUAUUUUAGGACGCUUAAUUACGGUAUGUAAUUGUUACUGUAGAUUUUUCAUAUUUUCUUCAGUUUACAAUAUUCGUAUUUACGUAAAUUAUAACAGCUGUGUAUUAAUGAAUCACAUCUUUGCAUGAUUUCAUUUUUUCUGUAGUCUGUGAUAUUCUUAAAAUAAGUUAUUUAUGAUGAAUAAAUGUUAUAUAUUUUGUGAUUUUUUGUUCGUCUUUGGUUUCGUUAUUUCCUAUCUAUUAUAUAUCACUAACAACAAGAUUGUGUGGAAGAUUAGCUUCCAAUUGUUAUACUAGCAAAUAUCAAGAGAAGGACCCGUGUUCAUGAAGCCAUUUUCAUGCUCAAGCAUGAAUUCUGCGCUUAAACAAACUCAUUCUUAUAUAAUGUGACACGACCAAAACGUAAGUUUUUUUAUUUAUCUAUCACUGGAACACUAAAUAGGGCUUGGACACAGUAUCUUGGUUGAAACUCUGGUUUGAAACAUAAGAAUUGUUUUAUGAAUAAAAAACUUGCACUUGCUAAAAAAAGUGUCAUUAGGUCUCAUUUUUUUUUUAUUCAAGAAAAUAUUAACUAUGCAUAAUAAUACGAAAUUGGAUGAUCUCAACCUGUUAAUGAGAAGUGUAUAUAAGCAGGUCAAAACUAAUAUGGCUGCAUUUACAUGUAUUCUGUAUGUGUUAUCAGUAACAUGAUACUAAUCCAAGACGAUAGGUAAAACAAUGUUCUAUGGUGUAAUGUUAAGGACUCCUGCGAUCCGAGUUCACGUCUAGAUAGAACCUGAACAGGCGUUGAUUUUCAUGUAAAGCUUUUAUUUUUGUUUAUUUUUUUUCCAAGAUGUAGUUUAAAAAUGCAUAACGUUUUUAAGAGCAAAUGAUGUGUGAGUGUAAUAAGGAAGAUAGUGAUGAUGAUGAUGAAAAUGAUGAUAAUGAUGAUGAUGAUAAUGAUAAUGAGGAUGAUGA